AUGCCAAGAACUCAACGAAAUGAUAAUUUUAUUGAUAAAACUUUUACCGUUGUCGCGGAUAUUUUAUUAAAAGUAUUACCUACAUCUCAGCGUGAAAAACAAGCUUUUUCUUAUUACCGAAAUGGCAUGUCAGCUCAAGCAGAAGGCGAAUAUGCAGAAGCUUUACAAAAUUACUAUGAAGCUAUGCGAUUAGAAGUAGAUGCUUACGAUAGAAGUUAUAUACUUUAUAAUAUAGGUUUAAUACAUACUAGUAAUGGUGAGCAUGGUCGAGCAUUAGAGUAUUAUUAUCAAGCAUUAGAACGAAAUCCUUCUCUUUCUAGCGCUUUAAAUAAUAUUGCUGUGAUUUACCACUAUCGUGGUGAACAAGCAAUUGAAAAUGGUCAAUCUGAAAUUUCACAAAUACUCUUUGAAAAAGCAGCAGAUUAUUGGAAAGAAGCAAUUCGUUUAGCGCCAACAAAUUAUAUCGAAGCUUUAAAUUGGUUAAAAAUGACGGGACGUUUAACAGGUUUAGCAACUUAA